UUCCAAUAUCCCAGUGUAGGAGAACCAGCAAAGGCAGAGAACUAAUGGGAACCAUGGGAAAACCGCUACCCAACCACAUUUGGGAUCCAACAUGUUGAACACACUUAACUUGUCAGACUGAAGGACUGUUUCCUGAGAGACAAAUGGUAAAAAACUCAAAAUACAAGACUCGAAGUUGGCUUAAUCAGACAAGAUGCACUAAUGGAAGUCAGUGCUCCGUUUAGCCCCCUAACCAUGAAGCAGCUCAAAGGGUAGGGUCUGCCGUGAGUUCGCCUCACCCUACCCAACUACCCACCACCCCACCACCCCAUCAGCUCCACCUGAGAGCAGAGUCCCACGUUGAAAGCAUAAUCCUGCAGCUCUACCCGUCUCUACAACCCUACCACCACCUCUCCACUACCACGGCUUUGGAAGACGAACAUGACGUGCAUCGUGAAGACGCUGGUUGAUGUCUGAUAUAUAUCCCUCUGAGGUGUCGAGCGUAAAACCAGCAGAGCAAUGAAUGGCGGAAAGGACUGUGACACGGGAGAUGAGAGGCAGGCCGCCCCUGUCCAGGUCCCCAUCGGCUGGAAGCGCAAGGCGGAUCAUGGCGGAGGGGUGGUAUACGUAAGUCCCAGUGGCUCGUUGCUGUCCAGCUUGGAGCAGGUGAAGACCUACCUGCUGACAGAUGGAACCUGCAAAUGCGGCCUGGAGUGCCCACUCAUCCUCCACAAGGUGUUUAACUUCGACCCAGGGGCAGCUGUCCAUCAGAGGACAGCAGAGGAUGUGAAAGCGGAUGAAGACGUCACCAAACUCUGCAUUCACAAGAGGAAGCUUCUGGCUGUGGCUACGCUGCACAGGAGCAUGGAGACGCACCCACCUCUGACACUGACCAGUCCAGGGGGAGGUACAUCAUCAGUGGUCUCUGCGCAUUCAACGUCUCAACGAGCAAUAAGGACUAAACCCCAUGAUGGUCUGCCAAAUGCUGUUGGACAAGACUGCAAGAAUCCUUUCAAGAUGAUGAUGGCAGCUGGACAGCAGCAGCAGCAAAGGCUGUAUCUACCCCAGGAGAUGGGUGGAGCCCAGCAGCCUGACCUCUACACUGGGUACCCCAGGCAGCAGAGGCUGGGCGGUGGGGAGCCAGGCCCCAAAUCCCCGUACCGGGUUGGGUAUGGAGGCAUGCUGAGCCCACCUCCCUCCAGUGCUAAGCUGUAUGGAGAUGGUGCUCAGUCUCCCAGUGCAGACACUCUAGGCAGUCCUGAUGGCUUUCCAAGGACAAAUCCUUGUGGGUUUCCAGGAGCUGGCAGUCCUGGUUCAGCAUCUAUCCAUGGUAACACUAGGACUCCUCUUUCCCCACCCAAUGUUUUGCUCCAUGGCUCCCCUGCAGGCCAGCCAUCCUGCGCCAUGACAGGGAGGACUAGCACGCCCCUCUCUCCGACGGCCACUGCCAAAAGCCCUGUCAUGAACAUGAACAUGCCUCGGGGGAACUUCCCCCCUGGUAUGGAUAUGCCCCGUGCAACGUUUCACCAUAAAACACAGCCCCCUAUGCAUCCUGUACCCCCUCCAUCCAUACCACCAUCCUGUGCCCUUCAGAAAAGGCAGUUGACUUCUGAAAAAGACCCCUUAGGCAUCCUGGAUCCCAUUCCCAGCAAACAUGUCAGCCAGCCCUCCAACAAUGCCCAAAACCCCUCAAACUUCCAGCCUAACAUCCACUCUCAGGUACCAAUGAUGAAUGUAAACAUCCCCCCUCCCACCAUUGUUCCCUUGCCAAGCAACUUACCUUUGCCCACAGCGAAGCCUGGGCCUGUGGGACAUGGCGGCCAUGUUCAAAGGACUCAACAGGGGGGUCCCACAUCCUCCAUGUCCCCAUCCCCUGUCACCUCUCCUGUCCACAUGGGUGGGCCUGCUCUUGGGAGAAUGGAGGCCUCCCCUCAUCGGUCACGCUCAUCCUCCACCUCCUCCGACCACGGGAACUUUGCAAUGCCCUCGGGCCACCAGGCCCCGUGUGGCACUAUGAAGGUUCCUCCUCGUUCCCCCAGGUCUGCAAUGGGAUCUCCCAGGCCAGCCAUGCCCUCCAGCCCCUCCACCAACAAAUCUGACCCACAUUACCAGUACAAGGACUCCCAGUUGCUGCCAGGGAUGGGAAACUCGAUUAGCACCCAGCAGCACAGCAACUCCAUGUACUCACCCACUUCUUCUUCCUCGUCAUCCUCUUCUAUGGCAACCCCUAGCGCUUCCCAGAAGGGCCACCCAGGACUCCUGGGGAUGCCCCUCAACCAGAUCCUAAACCAACAGAAUGCUGCUUCCUUCCCCGCCAGCAGUCUCUUGUCAGCCGCAGCCAAAGCACAGCUAGCAAAUCAAAACAAACUCAGCGCUGCUGGCAACAGCACUGCUGGCAUGGCUGGUGGUGGUGUUGGUAUGGCAGGCAUGGGGGCAGUUGGGGGUGGUAACGGAGGAGGCAGUGGGCACCCUGGCCCUAUGAGCGGCCCUCGAGGCAUGGAGGGACACAGCACUUUAAACUCAAUGCUCCCGCCAAACUCCACCAUGCUGCUCAACAGUCCUGAGGGUCAAAGUGGUCGGGCAGCUCUGAGGGACAAACUCAUGGCCCAGCAGAGGGACCCCAUGCGUAAAAGGAGACAGUCCUCAGGCAGUGCUGCUGUGAACCACGAUAACAGUAACAACAUGGUCUAUAGUAUGCUAAACAAACGAGGCAUGGGAGGACCCCACAUGCAGGGUCCCAGUGCCACUGAGCAGCUGCGAAAAGUGGGCAGACUUGGAAACCUUCCACCAAACACCUCCAUGGCCCAACUUCUUCAGACCAUGAGCUGCCAGAGCUCCCACAGCAUGGUUGGUAACAGCCAUCGUCCAGGUCUAAGUCCCGGGCAGGGGUCUGGUCCUCAAGGAGGAGCACAGCUGCACUACAACGACAGCACAGGUAUGGUCCCCGGUGGCCCUCAGCAAAACCUCCUAGCUCAGCAGAGGCUGCGAGGCCCAGGAGAUGCAAUGCAGCACUGCCAGAGCAUGGACCCCACUGGGGGCCAUCUGGGCCCUCGUCAAGGCCAGUUCCCUGACAUGAUGGUCAAGAUGCAGGCCUCAUCAAUGAGUAACUGUGGACCCAUCGGGCCGGGAGGGGUGCCGUUGGGCCCUGACGGCAUGCCACUGGGACGCCAAAAUGCCAACCCCCCACCGCUGUCCCAUCCAGGCCCUCACCCAUCGCAACAGAAACUUCUGCAAAGUAUGGGACGGAAUAACAUGGUGGUGAUGCCUCAUGGAGGUGUCAAUGGAAGCUGUACACAAAACAUUUCUGAUACAGGAAACCCUUCAUCCCUUGGCUGUGGUAUGGGCGGCUUGCAGACACACAUAAACACUGGUGGAGGUCAGAUGUUCCAGCAGCAGGUUCAUCAGGCCAUGCAGCAGGGGGUGAGCUCACAUCCAGCCUACCAGGGGCAGCAGCACUUCUCAGAAAACCACCCCUACACGGACAGCAGCAACACCAACGCCGGCUCCAUGGCCUGCCUCUACCAGAACUACCAGCAGGGGAUGUUGCCACACCCUCAUUUCGGGGAGGGGCAGCAGCCUCAAGGCGAGGGGCUUCCAGCGGGUACACCUGGCUCUGACAGGGGACCGGGUGGAGGCCCUGAGUCCGUGGACGCCAUCUACAGAGCUGUGGUGGACGCAGCCAGCAAGGGCAUGCAUGUAACUAUAACAACCACAGUGAGCGGGACCACACAGGCAAGUCCGGUGCCCGCCCUCAGCGCCAUGAGUGCCUUCACUGCCUCGAUAGGGGAGCCUGUCAACAUCCCCAAAGUGGUCAGCACAGUCCUGCAUGGACACCAGGAGGGGGACGUGUUAACUCAGCAGGCCAGACCGAGGCAGGUGAGGUCGGGGCGGGGUCAGAAGAACAUGAAUCCUGGAAAGAGCACUCCAGAAGGCCAUGAGGCCAAUGAAUACUUCCGUUCUCCUGGCCGUGGGACUCCCAGAGGGCAGUGGGACGGAGAAGGGCAGCACGGGGGAGGCUUUGACGCUCAUAGCAACAACAGCGCCUGGGGUGGUGAAGAGUUUCUGGAGUGUUCCACACAUGUGAGGAGUAGUCCUUGCAUGGAGAGACCUGCCAGCCUGGCCCCUGCCCCACCCUGCCCCACUGAAGGGUCCAACGACCAUGGCUUGGUCCUGGCCCACGAUAAGGCCUUCCUCGAUGAUGCCUAUCGCUUCAACAACUGCAACCGGACUCCUGCUAACUACAAGGAGCGUCUGGAGCAGACGGUGGAGCGUUGCGCACACAUCAACGGCGCCACUUCCCACUUCAACACCCGGAGUUACGGAGAAGUCCUUGGCCCCCCACGGCAGGAGCUUACGGGGGACGACCAGUCGCCGAGCUCCUCCACUAGCCUGGAGGGACCGCUGGCCACAGCCAAAGACUACAGCCACUACAAUGGCCACUUCAACGGCAUGGCGCCCAGUCCCUCGGACACGAAGAGCUUGAGCAGCGAGGAGGAUCUACGUCAGCCGGACUCGCCCGCCUCGGAGCUGCUCCACUACCGCUCCAGGACCUUCAACAUGGGAGAGCUGGUCUGGGGCCAGCUGAAGGGCUUCCCACCCUGGCCUGCCAAGCUGGCCGGGGAGGAACAAGUGCACAGCGCUGCUAUGCAGCUGCGAGAGCAGGCCAAGGUAGAGCCAGAGAAACUAAAAACACUAACUCACGACUUAGAGGCACUUGACCGAGCCGCCAAAAGAGGCCUGAAACAGGGGAAACUGAAUAAUCACUUGGAAGCUGCUAUCCACGAGGCCAUGAGUGAGCUGGAUAAGAUGUCGGGCACAAUCCCAUCGAGGGAUCGUCAGGUGAAGCUCCCCAAGCCUAAGAGGAGGAAGAUAUCCAGAUAACAUUGAAUGUGUUGUCCUCAAAGCCUUCGGAGACUUCGUCCGAUCAGCCUUUGAUGCAAUCUGAGCUCUCCAACAGGUGCUACACAUGGACAUUCAGUGGUACAUCUUCGUUCCAUGAUAUCAACUUGACUUAAUGACUGACCACAGAAGGUGCUGGAAAUGUCCAAUCACCGAUACAGUUUAAACUGUUGAAGAAAAAAGACAAAGUAGAGAAGAACGUCAAAAACGGUUGCAAUUUGUCUACAGCUCACUGAAUUAACUAUUUUUUUCUAGAAUAAGAUAGUAAAACAAACAAAAAAAGCUACAAGCAUUACCUUACAUAUUUAAGAAAAAUAGACAGUCCAAAUAUUUCUGAUACAUUUUCAAUAUGUAUAUAGAUAAUCCUGAAAUUUCAUGCUAUUAAGAAUUGUAUGUAAAUAUUGUACAAUGUCAUGUACAAGCAUACCUAAUGCACAUUUUAUCUUUUAUUGUACAAAAACAAAGCAGAAGUGUACCAAUGUCUUGGUUUCUAUUCAGAAAUGCGGUUGUAUACGGCCGCAUGCAUAGGAUAAAUAAGAAUACAGCCUAAAGCUUUUAUAUGAUGAACUGUAAGACGUGCUGUUUAUUUUUCCUUUCAUUAGUUUUGUAAAGGAACAGCAGUGGAACAGGCAUGAGUAUAUGAGUUCUCCAUUACGAAGGUCACUUCACGCCAGUUCAAGUGUUCGUUUGUUUUGGAUUUUUAAAAAAAGAAAAACAGAAUGAACUUUACCAGCAGAAAGUGUUCAGUGUUCCUCUAAAGCAGCUUCCAUCGGCCGGACGAAUGUUGGUAAAUCUUCAUCUGCUCCAGCAUUAACUAAGACAGGAGAAUCAUGAUAUUCUGAGAUCAGCUUGCGUGCUAAAAGGCUGGUUAGCAGAUGAUGAUUUUUGUUUCAAAGCAUGGUGACCGGUAGAUGAAAGAAAGUCGGUUUAUCUGCCAUUUUAGGAGAAAAAAUCCACCUGCAGGCACUUUGAAGUUUUGUGAUGUUCAUCUCAGGAGCUUUUCAUUUAUAGCUAUGACAUGUUUGUUUUUACGUCCGAGUCAAGACAGAUUUUCCCAAAUUAACUUUGUACAACUCUAAAGAAGCAUCAGGAGUUAAAUCCAUUAAAUCAAUCUGCAGCGGUAACUCAGAUAUUUCUUAAUUUAAAAACAGCGUAAUGCUUAACUUUCUCUGGUUUCAGGUCCUCCACCCCAAGGACAUUUCUUCAUAAUUUCUUGCAUUUGAAAACCUUAAAUUAUCACCUAAAUCAUUGAAUAAUUAAAGACAAACCAGCAGGUUGAUUCAUGAUAACAAUCACUGGUUGCAGCUCAGUUUUUACAAUUAUACAUGCAUUUAAGUGACUUUGUUUACUGUUAAUGCAGCUAGCCAAUAAUCACAAUUAAGUGUUUGUCAUUGACUUGAUAUUUCAGAACUCUUCUUACUUGACAAAGCUGAUUGUUGACUAACAGACAUGUCAUCACAUCCCGUUUACUAGACCUCAGUAGCUCUUGGCUUGUAGCUGCAGUUCCCUCUGAUGGAGUUCUGCACCUUAAGGUACAGAAAUAUGUGUCAGGACUUCAUCUAUUAUCUCAUCGUUAGUAUUUUUAAAUACCAGGACAAACUGAUGUUUGAAGAAUUAGACUAAACUCUUACUAGAUAUAAAAUAACUGCAACAUAUUCAAACUUAACAUGGCAUCAUGUUCACAUUAAAAACCCUGAAUGCAGCAUCAGCUCACUACUGAGAGUGUCUUCGGGUGGAUUUUUCCUUCAGUCAGUUCUGUCAUUAUGUUCUCAUGCCCGUCUGUACAGUGUUUUUCCUCCAUGACUGUAGUCCUUUUUUCUCCACGACUCUAGCUUUAGGUAAAGUCAGCGAUGUCAGAGGCAGAGUCUAGAUAUCAUGACGAACACUAACUCAACAGCAGCGGAAGUAUUUCUCACAUUUAGGGGCCUUUUUGAAAUCAUUUGAUUUGUCUUUUUUGUUUUGCAUAUUGAUGUAAAUUAUUUAUGUACAGUACUCCAUAUUUAUUUUAAGCUUUACAAAUAUGCUAGAUGGCAAUAAUACUACCAAGAGUUGAGAACUCAAGCCUUAUAUGUGUAUAUGUAUGUUUUUCUUUUUGUUUUUCACAGUGAAGAAUCGAUCAUGUAUUCAGAGUCCAUUACAAACACUCAUGUUCCAGUUGAUAGAAAAAGUGACCAUUACAAUAACACUUAUUUCUUACAGUGAGCCUUUCUGGUCGGCUCUUUUUUGUUACAGUACGUGUUACGGAUAAGUUCAAGGAAAAGAUGUCUGCCUGCAGGACUGUACUAUUUAUAAAAAUGCACAUCAGAAAAAGGCAGACACCAUUUGUGUCGGUAACAAAUGCAGUUUAAACACUACUUGCCGGAAAGCGAAAGAAUCACUUGAUCAGUCUUAAAAUCAACAGUAUUGGGAUCACAGAGGUGAAACACACACACAGCUGCUCCUGGAGAACAACAAACAACCUGAAAUCACUACAGAUUUAUCAAGUGCAAUAUACAAAUCCAUGGCAACGAUCAACAGCUUUUUUCUAUUUUCAACAUCUCCUCUGACCUGAAAAUGCUCUAAAAUGUCUAUAACAAGUCCUAACCUCAAAACAAUGAAGUAAUUUAUUUUAAGCUUUACCUUUUACACAUAAACAAAAGUCCAGCUACCAGGCUCAAAAGUCAUGUUAUGUUUGAAGUUUUAACUCACUAAACCUCUGAAACGAAGCUCCAGUAACAUUAAAGUGAAAAGAAUCAGCAUUCAAAUAAGUAACUGAUUAUUAGUUUAACAGUUAAUACUGCACUACUUUCUGGAGAGAUUCUUCACAGUUAACACUAAUAUUAAAGCAUAUCUCAGCCUCAUAGUGAAACUUAAUACAACUUACAUAUUGAACUUGUAAAACAACUUUAUUUUUAGUCUGCUCACACUUUUAACACUUUUGAAAUCUGAGUUAUCAUGUAUUGAGAUCUCAUCUGGAUGCAAUUCUCACCUUUUGUUGUUGUGUGCUACCUGAAAAAUGCCGUAAAUGUUUAAAAAAAAAAAGUCUUAAAUUUGUGUCAAAAACAGUAUUUCAAAUCAAACAGCAGCUUAUAAAGACAUCUGUGCAUUUAAUGUCCAAGCUGUGCAAGGAUGAAGAACAGACUUUAAAACACAAGGCAAUAGCCGUUUGAAAACGUCUGUUCAAAUACUUUGUAAGCUAAAACUUGUCAAAAACGUCCUCCCAAUAAAUCUAUAAAUUGUGCUAUUUUUUGGCUUGCACACUCUAAGAAUCUUACAUUUAUGGUUUUACGUAAAUCUGUGGUCAGAAAAUCAGAAAUGUGAUGUUUGUUGUUGAGAACUCGAGCUCUUUCGGUAAAGUUCAUUCUGCCUCCCCUUCCCCGUUUUUUGUGCAAUUACAUGCAGGACCCCGGUGUCAUGUUGGGAUCCCAUGUGUUAUGGAUCUGUUUGAUCAGUUUCAUGUUAUUUGUGGUCAAGAGUUCAAAGCAUUUUUUGUGUUUGAGAUGGUCUGUGCGGUCUAUUUUUUUUCCUCCUCCUGUCUGUUUUUGUGUGUGUGUUGAGGUGUGUGAGUGUGAUUUUGAAUUCCCCCCUAGUGAACUUUGUUUUCUGCACUCACUUUCACCCUUUCAUUGUCAGUAUUUUAUUUUUACAACUUGUAAUUGAGUAUAUAUUUUCUCACUAAUAUAUACUUUACAAAAAAUAGACUCGCGUGAAGUAUGAUGUGCACUUGAUUGCUCUUGUUUCUUUUUCUUUUUUGCAUUAAUGUGGGCUAGGGAUAGUUUGUCAGAGUCCAUCAUUUUGAGAUUGUUUGGACUUUUUUUAAUGGUUUGAUGUAAGCAGCAUUUUUUGUAAAUAUUGUGAAACAUUACAGGUCAUGCAGUGAUGUAACAUUUUGAACAAUGUUGCACAGAUGUUUAAGAUAUUAAAAACAUGGUCACUCUUACUUGAAUAACA